GUCGGCUGGGAAGUCAGAACAUUUCUGACGCGCUCUCACGCAUCUGCCGGCGCACCGCAUGCUGCUACUCAGCUUCAUGGAACAAGAACAAGGGUGGAUCACCGUCCUCUGACUGAAAUCCACUGUAGCCGCUGCUGUCACUGUUAGCGCUGAACUGCAUCUCUGUUCUUCCGUGUAACUACUGCACCCGCACACUGUUCAGUUAGCUAGCAAAGAUGUCAGUUGUCGGAUUUGACGUCGGGUUCUUGAAUUGCUAUGUAGCGGUAGCCAGAGCCGGAGGGAUUGAAACUGUCGCUAAUGAAUACAGCGACCGAUGUACACCAGCAUGUGUUUCAUUUGGGCCCCGGAAUCGAUCCAUCGGUGCAGCUGCUAAAAGCCAGAUCGUCACAAACUGCAAGAACACAGUCCAAGGGUUCAAGAGGUUUCAUGGCAGGGCAUUUUCAGAUCCCUUUGUGCAUCGCCUCAAAAACAGUCUGGUCUACGACAUUGCACAAAUGCCUGCAGGAACAACCGGCAUCAAGGUGAUGUACAUGGAGGAGGAGAAGGUGUUCAGCAUUGAACAGGUCACCGCCAUGCUGCUGACCAAGCUGAAGGAGACCGCAGAGAGUGCUCUUAAGAAGCCUGUGGCAGACUGUGUCGUGUCUGUUCCCUGCUACUACACUGAUGCUGAAAGGAGAUCAGUGGUAGAUGCUGCUCAGAUUGCUGGUCUUAACUGCCUGAGGCUUAUGAAUGAGACAACUGCAGUGGCAUUGGCUUAUGGGAUCUAUAAACAGGAUCUCCCUGCUCCUGAGGAGAAGGCCAGGAAUGUGGUGUUUGUGGACCUGGGCCACUCUGGAUACCAGACAUCUGUUUGUGCCUUCAAUAAGGGCAAACUCAAGAUCCUUGCUACGGCUUGUGACCCAGAGUUGGGAGGAAAGGACUUUGACGAGGAACUGGUGAAGUAUUUCUGUGAGGAAUUUGGCAAGAAGUACAAGCUUGAUGUCAAGACAAAGCCCAGGGCCCUGGUCCGGCUCUACCAAGAGUGUGAGAAACUGAAGAAACUGAUGAGCGCCAACUCCUCUGACCUGCCGCUUAACAUUGAGUGCUUCAUGAAUGACAUUGAUGUCUCUGGAAAAAUGAACAGGGCAAAGUUUGAAGAGAUGAGUGCUGACAUUUUGACCCGGAUUGAGGCUCCACUGCAGAGUCUCCUGGAACAAUCCAAACUGAAAAAGGAAGACAUCUAUGCAGUGGAGAUAGUGGGUGGAGCUUCCAGGAUCCCAGUCGUCAAAGAGAAAAUCAGCAAAUUCUUUGGGAAGGAGUUGAGCACCACGCUGAAUGCUGAUGAAGCUGUGGCCAGAGGGUGUGCUCUGCAGUGUGCGAUACUGUCACCUGCCUUCAAAGUGCGUGAAUUCUCCAUCACAGAUGUUACUCCCUAUCCCAUCUCUUUGAAGUGGCACUCUGCUGCAGAGGAUGGUGUGAGUGAUUGCGAGGUAUUUCCCAAGAACCAUGCAGCACCUUUCUCCAAAGUGCUGACCUUCUACCGGAAAGAGCCUUUUUCUUUGGAGGCCUACUACAACAGCCCUAAUGAGCUGCCUUAUCCUGAUCCCACUAUUG